AUGGGUGACAGAGUGCUAACCAAAAACUUCAUUCUAGGUAAAACUAGAUUGGAUAAUAUUGCAAACGUUAAGAAUUUGAAUUUUUGGGGGCAAGAGCUGACCGAUGUUUCUAUUAUCUCGGAGAUGCCAUUUGUUGAAGUGGUUUCCCUCAGCCAAAAAUUGAGAGAGCUCUACUUGAGAAAGAACAAAAUUGAGGAGCUUGCAGAGGUGGAAUAUUUGAAGGAAUUAAAGAAUCUUAAAGUGUUGUGGUUGGCUGGAAAUCCUUGCGCUGACGUUGAGAAUUACAGGUUGAGAGUUAUCUCCUUCUUGGAUGGAUUAACAAAACUCGAUGAUGAUGACAUUACAAACGAGGAAAGAGACCAAGCAAAACAAUUUAAGGGAAGAGAAUUGGGAGUGCCUGUUGAUCAGAAUAAGCAAAGAAGAUCACCUUCUCCAAAACAAAAAUCUCCACCAGUCUCAAAGACACCAACCCAAGUCUCAGAAGACUGUGAAUUUGAAGUUGUGGCUAAACCUAGACAUAAACUAUCCAGAACUCCACCAAAAAAGGAUUCACCAAAACCAUCUCAUCAACCAUUAGAAUCAUUAGAUGUAAUGCAAGAUAUUCCAGUUCAGCAAAAUGCCAGAAGAUUGAGAAAUGAUGAUACACCUAUUGGUGGAGGUGUUGCUGUAAAGAAUCCAUCAAGAAGUGCUUCUCCUUCGGUAAGAGAAAGUGUAAAACAAUCACCAAUUCCACAACAGCCUCAACCAACACAAGAAGAUUUUGUUGUUCUUUCCAAACAUCAAGAGGUUGAGGAAAUACCACAAAGAGUUCAAAAACAAGUUAACGAGCAACCACAAUCAAGAAUGCAAUAUGAAGAUGUUUCAAUGAAUCAACCACCUGUUGUACAGGAUAGAAGAAGUGCAAACCAACAACCACCAUACCAAAUGCAGCAGGGUCAAUAUCAGAAUUACAACCAACAACAGCCUCAAUACAAUCAAAAUUAUGUACAACAAGGAUACGGACAGCAACCUUAUCAAGGUUAUGAAGAAAGCUAUGAUCCUCAAAUGGUGAACUAUCCACCUCAAAGGGCAAGUACAAACCAAAGAUCGAGAUGGGAAUCUUCUCCACAAGUUUUGCCAGGUAAUAUUCCAUAUUAUCCUCCCCAAGAAAAUGUGUACAACCAACAAUCAGCUCAACAUAGAAGAUAUUCCUCCAAUCAACGUUCAGUUGCUUAUGAUCAACAAUAUCCAAAAGGUAAUCAAAUUCCAACAGUCAACAGAAAUGUAUUAUUGAAUGUAGUAUUGGAUUUACUUCACGAGUUGGAUAAUGAAAGAAUAAUCAUCGUUAGACAAGAGAUUGAUAGAAUGAUGAAUCAAUAA